UUUUAGCAAUCCAAUACCCCUCCCGAGUGAUACAAAAACAACAACUACUAGGUUUUGGUUUUCCUUCAUCAUACUGAGCAUAAGAAACUGAGUUCGUUCGUUCUCUCUUUUUUUUUUUAUUUUUCUUGGUUUUUUCUGUGAAAAAAAUCGGUUUUCUGAAGUGUAGGCACACUAAAACUGAUGCUGGUGGUGGCAAAAUUUGAUCUUUCCUGCUUUUUUGACCUCAAAAUUGGAUUUUUGUUAUAUGGUAUCUCCUAAUCUUUGAGGAUUUCUUAUUUAUUCAGGUGUAUUUUGGUGUUUCUGGUGGGCGAAGAGCAUGGUAGUUUUAUCUGAUUGUUGGAGGGUUUUUGGUGUAAAUUUGGCAUUUUGCACAUUGGAAAUGGAAUAUCCCUUCUUUUGAUGUUAGGAAAUUUGGAGAUAAUUGUGACAAAUUGAUAUAUUUCCCUUUUUUUUUUGGAGUAAUUUUUCCAUAAUUUGGGGCUUAGAUAGACAGAGUUAGGGGAUUUUUGUUGUCUUAGCUUGUAAAUAUGGCUGUAUUGGUGAGAGGUUGCUGCACAAAUUGUGAUUUGUAUCAUCAAAUCACUCUUCAGAGCUACUCAAUUAACAGAAGAAGAGAACCCAAUGUUCCAUAUUUCCAGCAGAAAUUUAAGUUAGUCGGCGAGAAAAGUCGAAGAUUUCUAGUUAUCAAUAAGUUUAAUUCAAACAGUGGUAGUUUGAAUAGAGAUAGUGCAUGGGUGUGUAAAGUUGCCUCCUUUUGUUGUGAAUCUGGUGUUACUAACAAAGAAGAAGCUGUUAACAUGAGGAUUUGGAGUCAAGAAGACGAAUUUUCUGCAGAUAUUUAUGAAGAAGAUCAAUUAGCUCUUAUGACUCCAAUUGAUCGAGAGGAGCUCAGUGGUGAGCCUAAAAACCGGUUGUUGGCUCCUGACUCGAAGAAGCAGGUAGCGAAUCCUGAAACGAAGUUGCAUUUCUUGGAGGAAAGGGAUGAAGAACUAUUAUCGAAAAGGCUGCUACACCUUAGCCGAUUGAACAAAGCCAGAAGUGCUCUAGAACUCUAUAUGUCGAUGGAAGCAUCAGGUCUUCAACCAAAUGCCCAUGCUUGUAACUCUCUUCUCUCUUGUCUUGUUCGUAAUGGGACUCUAACUGAUGCAUUGAGAGUAUUUGAGAUUAUGAGAAAGAAUGAAACGGCGAGUGGUCAUGCGUAUAGCUUGAUGCUCAAAGCUGUUGCCAACGAUCAAGGUUUUGAUGCUGCAGUGGAAAUGUUCAGCAAAUUGGAGGAAGAAGCCGCAUCCAAGAAAAACUUUGACGUGAUUGUUUUCAACACAAUGAUAUCGGUAACUGGGAGAGCAAAAAAUUGGGUUGAAACGGAGAGAAUUUGGAGAAAACUCAGUAGUGCUGCUAUCUCAGGAACAUCGACUACUUAUGGCUUGUUGGUAAGCACUUUUGUGCAGUGUGGGCAGACAGAGUUGGCGCUUUCCGCUUACCAUGAAAUGCUUCAGAAUGGACUCGAACCGAGCGAGGAUAUUAUGAAAGCUAUCAUCGCUUCAUGCACCAAAGAAGGCAAGUGGGAAUUGGGUCUAAGCACUUUUAGGAGAAUGCUGAAUUGUGGGAUAAAGCCAAAUAUCAUUGUUUUUAAUUCUAUCAUCAACUGCCUUGGAAAGGCUGGAGAGGACGGGCUUGCUUUUCAUGUAUAUUAUCUUCUGAAAUCUUCGGGCCUUAAAGCUGAUGAAUAUACAUGGAGUGCAUUAUUGACUGCCUUAUACCGGUCUAGUCGGCAUUCUGAUGCCCUAAAACUUCUUCAGGGGAUUAAAAAAGAAGACGGUUCAAAGUUAAAUGAGCAGCACUAUAAUAUAGCUUUAAUGGCUUGUCAAAGACUUGGUUUAUGGGAGCGAGGUUUACAACUUCUAUGGCAGAUGGAAAAAAGUGGGGUGCAAAUAUCAGUUGUAUCUUAUAAUCAUGCUAUAAGUGCUUGCGAGGUUGCGAGGGAGCCAAAAGUAGGCUUAGAAAUCUAUCGACGGAUGAUUCACCGGAGAUGUUCUCCAGAUACAUUCACAUACUUGUCCUUGAUCAGAGCUUGUGUAUGGGGAUCUCUCUGGAAUGAAGUUGAGGAAAUAUUGGAGUGCGUUUCACCAGAUUCUUCCCUCUAUAACGCACUUAUUCAUGGAUUCUGCUUGCGAGGCAAGAUAAUAUUAGCUAAGAAGCUAUACAAUAAGAUGCAAAACUUGGGGCUUAAACCAGAUGGCAAAACAAGGGCAUUGAUGCUUCAGCACUUGCCAAGUAAUAAAGUUCAGCGACGUCGAGCGGCAUAGGUUUCAAAAUGAGCAGCAAAAGAAUAAAGAGCGGAAGUUCCAUCUACCCAUAUUAAUUUACACUCUUCCUCCUAUUUAGCAGCAAUGCGAAAUUCUCAGCCGUGGAAAUGAGUAUAAGCGCUUGAGUGCUCGUUUUGCUUGAUUGCUUUAGGAAGAAAAGACAGCGACGUGGUUCGAGUACUCUUUCUGAUACUUUGCUUCAUCCUUUGGGAUGAUGAACUUUCAUUCAGAUGUGCUGUUCGAGCGGAUUGAAGCAUUUAUCUUGCAAAUUGGAAGCAGAAGUUUUGGUUUUGAGGCUAUACCUUUGGGGCCCAGAAGCUUAUUUUGGUUUCCUGCUUCAGCCGUGACUUUUUAGAAUUUCUUUGCUCACGAAAUGCCUGGCUUUAUUCUUAUGGCAAAACAAGAUCGCAGCGGCUUCACGUAUAGAGAUUGGGAUGUGGAUGUAAAAUGCUUUCUUACUCAAACAAUUGAGUCCCUGUCAAAUGCAUAUUCUAACCUGUGUUGUGUUUGCUGUACAUUCUGCAUAAUAGCUUUACCUCUGAAGAUUUUCCAGCAAGUCAGCAUAUAGAAAGAUUACACUACUUUUUUAUCCAGGAUUCUUUGAUCUUC